CACGUACACCCGGCCUGAAAAACCAAUCAAAUGGGGAAGCAAAAGGGAGUGAUUAGUAUCAAUAUGAAGGAUGAGAAAUCUCGCUCCUCCGCCUUUAAGAUCGCCGUUCGCCAGCCUGGAGUUGUGGCGGCGUCUAUCCAGCAAGAGAAGGGGCAAAUAGAGGUGGUCGGGGAGUUCGAUGCGGUGGUGUUGGUAAGUGAGCUCCGGAAGAAAUUAGGCCAAGCACAUAUUUUGACUCUGACUGAAGUGGUUGAAAAGAAGGUCGAAAAGGUGGUCGAGCCGAAGAAGACUGAAACGCCACAACCCCAAGGCUUGACAAUCACUCAUCCUUCUCCCUUUUAUCCAUACUACUGCGAUCAUCACUAUGGCUGCCGUUGUUGCAUCAGUUAUGAACCUGCCGGCUGCACCAUCAUGUAAAGGAAUUGGAACAAAGUUCUAAAUGGUCAUUGAGGUUGUAUCAGUUGUUUAUUCUUUAUAUAAAUAUAUAUAUUAACAAUGCUGUAUAUGAAUCUCUUCAUUGAAUAACCGAGUAAGUAAUUAGAUGUAUUCAAAACAAAUGUCACGAAUAUUUUUUUUGUUCAUAUAUAUACAUCGAUCAAAUAGUUAUUACAAAUACCCGUUGUAUGUAAAAUAGAGUUUGUUUUAGGGUAUGUUUGGGAGUUUGGAGGGAAUGAGAGAGGAAGACUUUG